AUGGACGAGAAACUCUUACCCUGGCCCGCCCCAGACUCCCCCCUCACCCGACAGAGCGUGUUGCUGGGUUCAUCGAUCGACGAGACUCAGCGCGCCUUUGACGACGCAGGCCCGGGGAUCUUCCUCCCCGCGGACUCGGAACCGGAGUAUUUUCGCGUGCAGGUGGGCGAGGUUGACGAUAUUGGAUUCAGAACAUGUCUCCUCCAAAAUGACCACGCCGUCGCAGAAUUUCUGAGGGCUUCACGCGAGAUCGAGAUCAACACCACCAACAAUGCCUCGUGGACGGGCGCGGUGCCGACGUCGCCGAAAUCUACAUUCUUUCUCCUGAAUCCCACCUUCGGCUGGGGCCACCUGAUGCUGUCCGAAGCGAGCAUGCGUUCAAUCCUGCGUCACGUCCGCGUCUUCCCCGCCUUUCUCAAGCAUUUGACCGCCUUUGGCGAGAAAGACUUUGCCCGCGACGAGGGCUUUGCCGCGUAUGACAUCGCCGAGCACGUCGACCGGCUCGGGAGACGUCAGGGCCUAGAAACUUGCUUUCUGUGGAAGUACGUCCAGCGGGACGACGGGAAUGCCCAACACCCAUGGACCAUUCGCCACGCCCUCGUCUAUCAGAACUUCUCGUGCACGACCCAGAAGAGCACGCAUAUUCUCGUUAGAGCGCCGACUCAGCUGACGAAUCGCUUGAAACACAACUUCACCGCCUCGCCGGAAUCUCGAGCUGCCACGGCGGCCGACUGGCUGGGUCUGCAAACCGUCUUGAUAUCAUCCGGGACAGGGGACUGGCGGCACACUCUGAACUAUUAUGAUGGACAGAUAACGAAGCUGUUCGACGUCCUCGUCAUGUUCUCGAUCGAGACGGACGCAGCCAGCGAUUCCAAAAAGGUGCAGCAAUGUAUCAGUUCGAUGAAGGACCUCACACACCUCGUCGACCAGAUACUAAGAAUAUCGCACGUGCUCGCCCUCAACUCCACCAUCAUACACUGCAUGACCAACGCCGCACGCAGAUACGAAACCGUCGAGCGGCGUGAUGCCUUUCUAGAUCUCGCCGAAUCCGUGCAUCUCGAGUAUGACUUUCUCCGACGGCUGGCCGAGUCGUUGUUGGCACGCGGAAACAACCUGUCUCGCCAGUUGCAAGACAUCAUCGCGUUCCGGAACUCUGAGCUCAAUAACAGGAUAGCAACCGCAACGAGCACCAGCACCGGCGCAGUAGUCGAACUCACGUCAAAGAGCUCCCACGAGGCUCGCAUAGUCAAGGUGCUCACGAUCGUGGCCCUUAUAUAUGUGCCUGCCUCAUUCGCUGCGGACUUCCUGCAGAUGGGUUACGUCUCGGUGGACCAGGACCGAAACUUCCACAUCGUGGCAAGCAUGGACGUGUGGCUGUGGGUCAUCAUAGCGUUCCCACUGAUCCUGCUGGCGCUCUCGGUCCUGCUUGUCUGCGAGGUCUUGGGGAGGAGAAAAGUCGCCCAGGGAGCAGCGACGUCCAACACACCCGUGUUUACAAACAUCGUCUGA